AGGUGAAUAGAUGGCAGCACAGUGCACGCUGCGAACUAAUAUGGCAGCGCCCACUCCGUUAGAAGCGUGGUUCGUGUUUACGUGCUUGCAGCCGAAGUGACAUAACCGAGUCGUGUCUUCGCUUCUGUGCUAUGUGAUUCUAUCGAGGACGAGAAGUGUUCGCGAGUGGCUCGCAAAACUAAUAUGAAGCGCAGUCGUAAUGUGAGAGGCGAGGUGCGCGCGAGCGCGCAGCCGCCAGCGCACGGUGUUGACGUUUCAAGACUGUCGAGAAAAAAGCGACGGAAACUGGAGAGAUCAGAGAAAAAAGUUCGACGACACGCAUUUCACAUGAAAAAUAAGGGAAUCAUCCAAAAAGAGUUGGAGAGGAUAUGCCAAAAGCUCCACAUAAUCCAGAAACCAACAAGUGAAGCCAUUGCAAAAGAUCACCGUGCAAAACAGGCUAAACAGGAGGAACCUGCAUUGAAGAAACCGACCAAACGUGAGCAGGAAGCAGUUCGCAAAAAAAACCUCCGUGAUGACAACAAGCAGGAAGACAGAGUUAUCAAACAGAUGGAGAAGUUGUUGUUCCUCAACAAGCGAAAGAACAAGAAUAUGCCCAAGUCAUUCAUAGACGAGGGCCUGGACUAUCUCCUAGAAGUUGUGGACAAAAAAUACCAGAACACUCACGAGGAGAGUGACAAUGAUAACGCUGAUGUUUAUGUGAACCCUGCUAAAAGAAAAAGGAAGUUAGAGGAGAGUAAAUCUUUAAGUGCUGGGAAGAAACAGAGGACUCAUUCAGACAGCGAGGGAAGUGAAAACGAAUUUAGUGAUGAUGAUGAUGAGCUUCCAGACAAAGCUUCAGCUGGGAAAGUGCUGUCUAGUGCUGAAUAUCAGAGCAGUGGAGACAACGAAAUCAGUGAUGAUGACGGCAUUGAUGAGGAAUGUAGCGACGAAGAUGGUGGUGAAGAUGCGGAGAGUGGUGAUGAGUUUGAUGAGGACGUCAUCAGCGAUGAGGAAGGUAGUAAUGGCAGUGAUGAAGACAACAGUGGUGAUGAACUUGGCUCUCAAGAUGAAUCGUUCGAUUCUGAGAACAGCACCUCUGGCAUUGUCUCCCAUCCGUGGCGUGAAAAAGGGCAAGAAAAACGCAUUUUCACAAAAGCAAAGGUUGUAAGAACACUCCAGAAGAAGAAGAUGAAGAUGAAAUCUCUUUCGAUGAUGAAAGUGAAAGCUCUAGGAGGAGAGGAAGAUGAUCCAGUUGGGUCAAAAACACUUGGUGAGGGGCAAUCCCGAAAAACAGCCAGACAAGGUGGCACACCUUCUGAUGGCACAUGGGAAGAUAUAUACGGACGGUUACGCGAAGAUGGCAAUGUGGUAUCGCAGAAAUAUGUUCCACCCGCCAAAAGGCUCCAAGGCAUCAACCUUAGCUCAGCAAAAAAAGAGGAGCUUGCCAGGCUGAAGAAACAAGUUAAAGGUUUACUGAACAGGUUGAGUGAAACCACGGUACAGCCUAUAGGAAUGGAGAUGGAGGAGCUGUACAAAAAGCACAGCAACAAUGAUGUCAACUCUACCUUGAAUCUUUGUCUGUCUGAGUCGAUCAUUGCACCUUUCUUGACUCCCGAGCGUCUCGUGAUGGAGCAUGCGAUGCUUGUCGCAUACUUGCACUGCAACGUGGGAACCGAAGUAGGUGCACAGAUACUCCAAGACAUGGCUGAAAGGUUCAAUGAAUUGUAUGGGCAGCAGCAAGGUAACAGUGUUGGGAAAGAAGUUGACAACUGUGCUUUGUUUAUAUCAUACCUCUUCGUCUUCAAGGUGGUUCAUUCAAGAAUUGUCUACGACAUCUUACGAAAGUUGGCUGAGACUUUCAGUGAAAAAGACGUGGAGAUCAUUCUUCUCAUACUACGUUCUGUUGGAUUUGCUUUGCGAAAGCAUGACCCUGUGGCCCUGAAGGACGUAGUACUCCUGUUGCAACGCAAGAGUGCUCAAGAUACUGUGGGAGCCCAAGACUCCAGAAAAAGAUUCAUGAUGGACAUACUAAAUGCUGUCAGAAAUAACAACAUACAGAAGAUCCCUAACUGUGAUCCAAGCAUGGUGGAGCAUGCGUCUAAAGUUCUUAGAGGGCUGUUCCGAAAGGGUUGCUUGCUGCAAGAGUUGAACAUCUCGCUUGAAGACCUGCUGAAGGCACACGAAAGGGGCAAAUGGUGGGUAGUUGGAUCUGCAUGGGCAGGAAAUGAGUUGUCAUCGGAUAGAAAAGCAAGCAUGCCAUCAGUGCAGCCAGAGUUUUCAAGCAAAAUCUUGAAGCUGGCUCAGAAGCACCACAUGAACACUGAUGUCAGAAGAAACAUCUUCUGCAUUAUGAUGACUGCUGAGGACUACCUAAGUGCCAGUGAGAGAAUCAUGCAUCUGAACCUGACUCCAACGCAGGAGCGCGAGAUGUGCCAUGUCCUUUUGCACUGCCUGCUCAAAGAGAAGCAACACAACCCUUUCUAUGCCUAUCUGGCCCAGUUCUUCAUCAAGCGCGACCGGCGUUUCUAUGUAACCUGCAGUGCGCAGUCCUGGGACAAGUUCAAAGAGUUGGAUCAACUUAGCCCACAGCUCUCCAAUCUAGCCGAGUUUCUAGUCAUCUUGCUGUCACAAGAGGCCCUGACACUGGCUGUUCUCAAGACAAUCCAGUUUGUGGACAUGAGCCCAGCACUGCUGAAAUUCCUGCGAACACUUUUCAGUAGUUUGCUGCUUAAUCGACCUCAGGGUGUAUACGAGAAAGUAUUCCUUAAGGUUGCUGAUGCACCCAAGCUACGUCUGCUGAGAGAAGGGCUGUGCCUCUUCCUCAGGCAUUUUUACCUCAGGGAUCGAGACAUGGACUCUACAGUGCGCAGCAAGCUCAAGCAGCACGCUGAGCAUGCGGAGGAGAUCCUUAGUAGUACUGACAAGAAAGCCAUCCUGUGAAUGUAAAUUAAACCAGAUUUCAUUCUCCCGA